AUGAAUGAUAAUGAAAAGAUUAGUCAAAAAGCAAAUAUUAAAAAACAAAGUUAUAUUGUUAAUAAUAAAUCUGAUAUAAUAAUAAGUCUUGAUGAACAAUUUGCUCAACCUAUUGAAAAAAGAAAAAAAAUCUACGAAUUUAGAAAAUAUAAACUAACUGUUGAAUAUCCUAACAAAAUAUUAGAGGAAGGUCUUAGAAAUAAAGAUUUUAAUCAGGGUCUUAAAGUAUCCAAGUUUGCUUAUAAAAUUAAUCAUCUAUAUAAAUUGGUUAACCUAAUAGACUCUAAGCAAUUAAAAAUUCAUCAUCCAUUAGGAGGUGGUUCCUACGUAUUCAAAGAAAAAUAUAUUGAUUACAUUUUAGAGCACGUUCCUAAGUCUGAUGUGAGAAUAAAAGGCAAAAACGUAAAAGUUAUAUUAGAGUUAGUAGAUAUCGCAAUCUCCAAAGAACAUUCUUUUAAUAAUAUAAAAUAUCAAAAAAGUCUUUCUUAUACUAAAGAAAUUGAUAAACAUAUUGAUUAUUACAAAGAAUUGUUAAGAAAAUUAAAUUCUUACUCAGGAGUAGUUUUUAUGAUAAGAAAACAAAGUGAUUUCAAUUCUCAUCCAAGAAUGUCAGAAGUAAUUAGUACAAUAAUUAAAGAGAGAGAAAAGAUUGGAUUUUUAUUAUCUCCCAAGUCUAAAAUCAUAGCUUUAAGUGUCGCAUAUCCACAAUACGGAUUGGCUGAUAAAUAUGAAAAAAAGAAUAUCUAUGAGGGAAAUAAUAAUGUUAUUUCUUCUUGUCCAAAAUUAGAGUUCAACACUCCUCUAAGAAAUUUUGUUAAAGGAGUGGUAUAUUUUGAAGACAAUAAGGAUGUAACAGUUCCUUAUUCUUGGGUCAGAGUAACUGGUAGGGAUUAUGCUGAAACUUACCAAGAGCAAAUUCUUUAUAAGGGAGCUUCUAUUUUAAGGGUUAAUGUUACUGAAUUGCCUUUUAUACUUUACAGCCUCUUAGUGAUUGACUGGUCUGACUUCAAGUUGUCAAAAUCACUUUAUAUAAGUGAAGGGGCUUAUGGAUAUUUGAAAGAACAAGAUUAUGAUUAUCUUAUUGACUAUAGUAGUUUUAAAAGGCUUUUGGUGACAGCGGACUAA